AUGAAAUAAACAUUGUCUUUAUAAGAGAUUCUUUUCCAUCUUAAAAAGAGUAAAGUGCCUUUAAAAAAAAAGCUGUAUUAUUAGUUGAACAACCAACAAAAUUAUAAUAUAUCAAUUGAGAACAUUCUUUUGGAUGAUUAUAAUUCUAUUGUUAUGAUAUAAAAAAAUAAACAAUUUGAUAAUUAAUAAUCUAGCAAUUAAAUAAAUUUUAUGAUUAAAACUGUUAGAAAAGUAUCUCAUGAUAUGAGAAAUCCUUUGAAUGCAAUAAUUAAUAUGUAAAUGUGUUUAAAAGAUUAUAUUGAUGAAGAAUUAGUUUUAAAAUAUCUUAAGCCUUCUCUAAAUUCUUGCCAUUUAUUACUUAAUCUUAUUAAUGAUAUUUUAGAUUCAGCUUAAGUUGAAAAUAAAAAAUUAAAACUGGUUUAUAGAAAAUUCAAUCUUGAAAAAUUAAUUGCUAAAACUAUUUCAAUAUUUGAUUCAUUAAAGGAUAAGAAAGAUAUUAUGAUUACAUUUAAUUAUGACUCAAAAUUGCCAAUCUUAGUUAAUUCUGAUAAGUUUAGAAUAAGAUAAAUCAUUAUGAAUUUACUUAGUAAUGCUAUUAAAUACACUAGACCAAAUGGGAAAAUUUAUAUUGAUUGUUCUGAAAGUUCUUAAAGAAAGAAUUUUAUUAAAAUUUGUAUUUAAGAUACAGGUUAUGGAAUUAAACCAGAAAAUUUGUAAUAUUUAUUUUAGGAAUAUUCUAAAAUAGAAGAUAAUGAAAAUUAAAAUUUAAAUCCUUUCGGAAUAGGAUUAGGCUUGAUGAUAAGUAAUGAAUUAGCUAAAUUAUUAUCUAAUACUGGUAUAUAAGUCUAAUCAGAAUUUGGAAUAGGUUCAAAAUUCUUUUUUGAAAUAGAAAACAAAUAACUUGCACCUGAAGAUAUUUCAGAAUCUUAAUUGUUGAUAAAUCAUUAAAAUGGUUUACCUUCUUUAGAUGUUCAUUUCUUUCCUGGACUUAAUUCACAAAAAUCACCCACAAUGUCUUUAGCUUUACCUUAGAUGGAAAGUAGUAAAAAAAUCAUUUUAAAAAAAUCCUAGAAAACUAUUAAUCUUAUGACUAAUUCUGUUAAUAAUCAAACAAAAUUUAAGGUUAAAAGUGAUGAAAAAAGUAUUGCAAGAAGAUCAUCAUUAUCUGCAAAAUAAAUUGAAGCUUUAAUUUAAAAAUGGUGUGAUAAUACUAAUCAAAAACCACCAAUUUUAAUUGUAGAUGAUGAUGAAAUCAAUAUUCUCGUUUUAUAGUACUUAUUGGAAUAAAUGGAUAUAAGUUCGGAUUCAGCAAUGAAUGGAAUGACCUGCUUGUAAAAAUUCGUUGAAAGAUAACGAGAAGGCCUCCCUUAUCAAUUAGUAUUUUUAGAUAUCAAUAUGCCAGUAAUGGAUGGAUUUGAAUUGGCAACAAAAUUAAUUCAAAUUGAUCCUCUAAUUAUUCUAAUUGCUUGUUCUGGUGAUGCAUCUAAUUCAAAUUAUCUAGAAAGAUGCAAAUAAUCUGGAAUUCUUGGUUACAUUCUUAAACCAAUCCUCAAAAAUAAAUUAAAAGAAUUACUAGUCAAACUAUCUGAAGGAAUCAAUUAUGAUAGCUAAAAAUUGUCAUAUUAUUGCUGAUUAUAAUAUUUUAUAUAUAAUGUUGGCUAAACAAAUAUUCUUAGCUAGGGUGUAAAAUAAACCAUAAUAGACUGGCAAAAUUGAAUUCCCCACUCUUUUAGAUUUGGCAAUAGAGUAAGUGGCCCUAAAUUUUGAUCUUUAUUCUUAGUUGCCAGGUAUCCCAGAAAAGAUAAGACAUUAAGUAUUCCAUCUAAAUAAUCAUUAGAUUAUAUCAAAAGCACCAAAAACUUUACCUGUAACAAUCACUUACAAUAGCAUUGAAGAUGAAAACUAUUGGAAACAAGCAUGUGAAACUAAGUGGAAAGGCACUCAUAGAACAAUAAAUAUCUGCAAACAUAGUUACAGUUAUAAAAUUGCUUAUAUGGAAAAUUUCCUUGAAGAAUACAUCAAAUCAAUUAAAGUAAGAAUUGAAUUCAAAAAUAGAGUUUAGAAUCUUAAUAAGAAAAAGAUGAAUUGUAAGCAAUAUUAAAGGCAGUCAAUAAUUGGGUUUAUUCCCUCAAUAUAUCAUAAACUUAAUGCAAUAUUGAUAUAGGGUUUUUAUGCCAAUACUUGCCAUGCCUGUAGAAUUUGACAGUUAUAUAUGGAGUUAAAGUAAAUAUUAUAAAAUAUUCAAUUUAGACCACUGGAAUUGAUCAAACAAGAAAGGAAAUCUUAGGCAUGAAAUUAAGUCAAGCAGCUGAAUUAGGAGAAGCAAUCUCUAAGCAUUGUAGAAAUCUAGUAUUCUUUAUCAAAUAUAUUAGUAAUCCUUAUCUUUACCUUCUAAUUUAAUCGAUGACGAUUUAUUGAGAUUGUUGAUGACAGGAAUAAAUCUUGAUAUUUCUAUUAUUGAGUUGAACCUUUCUCAUAAUAAAAUUGGAGACUAAGGGUAAAUUAUUCUAUUAUCUUUAAGAGUUAUAAGGAUUGCAAAAUAUUUGAUGAGGUCAGAAAUCCUACUCAAAUUGGAUUUAUCAAACAAUGCAAUUGGAUUAGUUGGAUCUAAAAAUUUAGCAUAUGCACUUUUAUUUAAUAAAUCACUUGAACAUUUAAAUUUGUCUUUGAAUUCAUUUAAUGAUAUUGCUGGAGCCAACUUCUUUAGCAAGCUUAGUUAAAACAAAAGCAUCCAGCAUUUGAAUUUGUCUGCCAAUCAAUUAGGUAGCUUAACUGCUGAAAUGCUUGAGGUAUAUUUAUCAGAUUCUUCAUGCACUUUAUAAUCAUUAAAUAUCAGCAAUAAUAACUUUAGUGAAAAUAAUGAUAAUAAAGACAAAAAUAUAUAUGAAAAACUCAAGACAGGCUUAACAAAGAAUACAAGUUUGAUUCAUUUUGAUAUAUCUCAUUCUAAAUUUAAAAGAAGUAAAUGACUUAUAUUAAUUAUAAGUUAAUGCUGAAAAGGAAUUGUAGGAUAUAAUUGUUCAAAGCAGAUUAAAAUAGAAAAAAAUUCCAUUUGUUUCUAAGGAAGAAUUCGAAUAACAACAAGCGUAGAAUAGAUUAAGUAGUUAAAUUUUAUAUCUUAGAAAAGGAAAAGCUAGAAAAAACAAAAACAAAAUAAGUAGAAGAAGUAAUCUCACCAUAAUGAA